AUGACAUUGUCCAAUCAUACAAAUACAGAAUCAUCAAAUAACUCUUCUAGUAGAUCAAAGAGGAGUGAUGAAUCCCCAGUUCUUCAACUAUGCCGAGAGAUGAUGGCUGAUAUAUGUACUAUUGGAGAAUCUAUUAAAGUCUUUGAUGAUGAUGUAAAGUUUCUAACCGAGGCCAUUUGUGAUGAGUUUGGAAGAUACAAUUUUUUUGAUAAUAGUUUAAAGGAAACAUUCUUCUCUGUCGUUACAGAGCAGCCCCAUAAACAACCUGCCAUUGGUAUUUUAGUAAUAGUUAAUUNNGACUUCGUAAAAAAAAAAGAAGGUCGGGAGGGGAUAUUAAUUGUAAUAAUUUCUUUAUUGAAACUUCAAGAAAACAUCGAUGACUCGCUUGAUUCGAAUCAAAAGUCUGGGACAAAAGGUACCGGUUGCUGGAAUAUUAUCAAACUAAUAACAAGGUUUUUAGCCUUAAUAUCUUUUACUUUGGAUCCAAAGGAAAUAAUAUCCAUUUAUGAGGCGUUAUUCCAAAUUUCUAUCGAUCUGAAGGUAUCAUGCUACCCAGAGAGAAACCCAUUAUCUGAAGCCAUCUAUGUCAACUUACUGUUAAACAUUCCAUAUUUCUUCUAUUUUAAUCACUUUCGAGAGGAUCUUAUGAUGGAUAUUAUUCAACUAUUAACUUUCGUCGAAAAAAAUUUCAAAACCGAAACUCAAACUCAAACUCUUAAACUGUUGAAGGUAUUUUCAUAUCUUGGUGCCUUUGAAACGCUAUUGCUCGAUAUUACCCUUCAAAAUGUAGUAAACGCAUUGAAAGGUGGAUUGAGAGAGCUCGACGAUUUAUUUAUUAGCUUAGAUCAUCUUUUACCCAGUGAAAUAAAUAGAUUAGAUAAUUUUCCAAACUUGAAGUAUCCAUGUGCUAGUACCAUUUCAUCGAGUAAUUUCAUUCAAAAUAGGGGAUCAAUUGAUUAUAUGUGGAAAUUACCAAGAAUGCAUUUUAGGAUUUAUGUUCCAAAUGAUGAUAUUGACUUUGAAACGGUUGUUCCAAUUACUACGUAUGCAGGUCAAUUACUAAAUGAUAUUAUUAUUGACGUUGUAGAAAGCAUUGAAUAUAAUAGAAAAGAGGUCGCAAAACAAGUGCUUACUUUAGACAUAUUUUUCAAGAAAGGGAUCUUUACAGCUCCAGGGGAAGAUAUGAACAAAUUAAAGGAAGCGUAUGAGGAAGUUCCAUCAACAUCUACGUUUAAAAUUGAAGACUUAGUUAUCGAAACUAUAUUAAGUCUCGUGUUUAAACUUCCAGAUACACCACAACCACUGGUAUAUUAUUAUAGUUUAUUAGUUGAGAUUUGUCAAAUUUCUCCUAUUGCAAUUGCACCGGUCUUUGGAAGAGCUUUUCGUUAUUUUUACAAUAAUAUUGAAGGGUUAGAUGCUGAACUUCAAUUAAGAUACUUAGACUGGUUCACACUACAAAUCAGUAACUUUAACUUCGAUUGGAAGUGGAAUGAAUGGACUGACUACUUUUACAAAUACGAAAAAUCAUUUUAUAACCCCAAGGUGAAUUUUGUCAAAAAUCUAAUUAAGAAAGCUAUUCGGUCGACUUCCAAUACUACGAUCGUAGAAGCUAAAUUACCUGAGCUUUUCAAACCUUACGCAAAUGCGGGUCUUGUAUCAGAAAAAGAAUUACAUGAGUAUUAUCAAUCUUUUUUUUCUCACUUCAAAGUCGCCAUCAGCGAUAUUAAAGCUAAUGAUCUUUAUUUUCUUCAAGAAAACGUCCCUUUUGAAACUCAGGUACGUGAUAUUUUGAAAUAUAUGCAUAAACCCAAUAACCAAAGAGAUAUGGAUGAGCUUCAAGGUAUAUUGGACGAAAUCAGAACAAGAUAUCAAUCAAUGAUUCGAGAGAUGGACGAGUUUAUUGUCGUACUAUUAACCCAGUGCGUGACAUAUUCAGGGAAUAGAUCCUUAUCGCAUUCGAACAAGUACAUAAAUGAUCUGCAGCAAGAUUUACAUAUAGCCCUAAGCGAUCUAAAUUUGUCAACGUGUACAAAAGAGUUUAUUAUGAUUGAAUCCAUUUUACGUUUUUGGAAUAAUAAUUCUCAGACAGGUUUCUUGGUCGUUGAUGCCUUCAGAUAUAGUGGAUUGGUAAGCUCUAAAGCAGUAAUUGAUUUUGUAUUAAAGAGUUAUAAUGGUAAGAUCUAUGGACUGACAGAUGACACAGCAAUAGAAUGUAUUUUUAGGACAUUAACAAGAGGGCGUAUUACACGAGUCAACAAUUUUCUUGGGGCCCAGUAUGUUUUCCAAAAGCUAUACUCAGUUUUGUUCGAAACAGUUGAAGAGUAUGAAAAGAGAGGAUAUAUCAGCAUAGAGGUAUUGCCUACAUUUGAUUCAUCUUUGUACGUAGAUUCUUUUGAAAAAUGGAAUAUCAAGUGGAAAUAUAAUCAAACGAUGUUACUUAUGAAAAGUAUUAUCAGGAGAUAUGCAAGCAACUUGAGUAACGAUGCUAAGGUGAUCAAAAAACCUAUUCAAGACAGCAAUUUACAUGAGCACACUAAACAAGAAAUAUUACGAUGGUUAACUGAAAUUUCUAGAAACUGUUUCUGA